UUAAUUAUAUUUUGUUUUACAUAAUUGUAUAAAUUGUUUCGCUUUUUGUUGUGAUGUUUUCGUGAUGGUUUUUUCGUAUAUAUAUACUUUUUAAUUUGUGUUUAUGUUUGAAUCACAUAUUUAAAAUACUUCGUUGAACUUGGCUCUAAAUCAAAAAUAACUAUUUAUGAACUAUCCAAAUGACGUUUCCUUACUGUAAGUAAGGUCACGAGUGAUUUAGUAAUUGAUUAACUAUGGGCGCCCUGAGCAAAUUGCAAGUAGCUUUCAAGAAAUAUCCUCUUCUACGUGGUAUGGCAUCUUAUGCCAUAAUAUGGCCAAUAUCAAGUCUCAUACAACAAUCUUUUGAAGGAAAAAAUAUUGACACUUAUGAUUGGUGGCGAUGUGCUAGAUAUGGUUUGUAUGGAUCAUGUUAUGUGGCCCCUACGUUGUAUAGUUGGUUGACUGUUGCUAAUGUGAUGUGGCCUGGUAAUACUAUAAAAGCUGGCUUGAUAAAAACUUUAGUUGAAACUUUAACUUAUACACCAUUUGCUAUGUGCAGCUUUUAUUUUGGUAUGAGUCUUUUAGAGAUGAAACCUUUCCAUGAAGCUCUUGCUGAAGUAAAUGCAAAAUUCUUGCCCACUUACAAGGUUGGUGCUACUGUUUGGCCUGCUGUAGCUAUGAUCAACUUCUGUGUAAUUCCUCCACGAAACAGAGUUCCUUUUAUUAGUAUUUGCAGCCUCAUAUGGACUUGUUUCUUGGCUUAUAUGAAGCAAAUGGACAAAGAAAAGGUUAUAAAAGAAUCUCCUGUUCAACUUCUAAAAAUUUUAUAGCUUUUAAUUUUUUUUAGCUCAAAUUUAUGUAAUGUUAAAAGGUAUAAAGUUAUUUAAAUCCUAUUCGACUUGAUUUUGAAAGAGCAGUAGAUGUCUGCUUUGUCUGUUGUGAAUUUAAUGAGUGCUUAGUUUAUUUAUUUAUCUCAAAAAUUGUGAAAUUGUUUCUACAGAUCACCUAAUAGGUACUUUAUCUUUUUUAUUAGUAACUCUAUUUAUUAUUUAUUUUAAAUAAUGUGUACACUAAUCUAGAUCUGUCAUGCCAGCUUUAUCCCAUCGAUCCCGGGCGCGAUUAUGAAUGGUUAUCGCAAGGUUUUAAUCAUUCCAAGAGGCAUCCGGGCCACGGUUAGUAGUAAUAAUGUAGUAUAAAAUUAUAACAUGAUAAAAUAGUUUCUAUUUUAAAUAAUUGACAAUGUGAUUAUGUUUGUGAUAUUAAUGUUAAGAACAAAGUUACAAAAGUAUUAGCAAAAUUAUCAAAGUAUUAUAAAAGUGUCAUUCAUAAUUUUAAAGUUAAGCAAAUCUGUGUAGGUGGUAAUAUGUACUAGUAAUUGUACAGUCGCCGUAUGUGAUACCAAUUAUUAAAUUAAAUUGCGUAACUAGUUCAAGACCAUCAGACGAAAAUUCCCAUUCAGACAUAUUAAUUACAUUAAAUUCCAAGACGUUGACAAAGUGCGAGGUAGUAGGAAUGGUUUAAUUUUAGGUUAUCUUAUGUUGUCUUGGACUUGUUUUGAAAGUUAAUAUUUUAUUUUUUUUCUCAUUAGUGAUUUUGCUGACUUUGUUGUAAGCAGAUUUCAUGAUUUACUAUAUACGGACCGUGAUCAGGGUCUUUAUGUAGUAAACAGUAUUUUUCUAAGAUAAAGUAAUAAAAAGUUUUGCCCUUUAAUUUUAUUUUAUUUAA